CGAGCUCCGCCCCUCGCGAGCAGUCCCCCGGGCGGCUGCAGGGAGAGCUCGCCCACCUCUGCGGAAGGCGCCACCUUCGCCACCGCCGUCUCUUCCUCCUUGUGCCGGCCUGCGGGGCCGCGCCCGGCGCGCUGCCCUGGUUGGGCGGCGGGGCCGGAGCUGCAGCUGAGCGCUCGGCCGGGCGCAGCCAGGUCUCCCGUCCGCACGGCGCCGUGACAGGUGCAGAGUUCGGGCUGAACACCCACCUGCGGCCGCCGCCGCGAUGCCCACCAUGCGGAGGACCGUGUCUGAGAUCCGCUCUCGCGCUGAAGGUUAUGAGAAGACGGAUGAUGUUUCAGAGAAGACAUCGCUGGCUGACCAGGAGGAAGUAAGGACUAUCUUCAUUAACCAACCCCAGCUGACAAAAUUCUGCAAUAACCAUGUCAGCACUGCAAAAUACAACAUAAUCACAUUCCUUCCAAGAUUUCUCUACUCUCAGUUCAGAAGAGCUGCUAAUUCAUUUUUUCUCUUUAUUGCACUGCUUCAGCAAAUACCUGAUGUAUCACCAACAGGUCGUUACACAACACUGGUUCCUCUCUUAUUUAUUUUAGCUGUGGCAGCUGUCAAAGAAAUAAUAGAAGAUAUUAAACGACAUAAAGCCGACAAUGCAGUGAACAAGAAACAGACACAAGUUUUGAGAAAUGGUGCUUGGGAAAUUGUUCACUGGGAAAAGGUGGCAGUAGGGGAAAUAGUGAGAGUGACCAAUGGGGAACAUCUCCCAGCAGAUCUCAUCAGUCUGUCGUCCAGUGAGCCCCAGGCCAUGUGCUACAUUGAAACAUCCAACUUGGAUGGUGAAACAAACUUGAAAAUUAGACAGGGCUUACCAGCAACCUCAGAUAUCAAAGACAUUGACAGUUUGAUGAGAAUUUCUGGCAGAAUUGAGUGUGAAAGUCCAAACAGACAUCUCUACGAUUUUGUUGGAAACAUAAGGCUUGAUGGACAUGGCACUGUUCCUCUGGGAGCAGAUCAGAUUCUUCUUCGAGGUGCUCAGUUGAGAAAUACACAGUGGGUUCAUGGAAUAGUUGUCUACACUGGACAUGACACCAAGCUGAUGCAGAAUUCAACAAGCCCACCACUUAAGCUCUCAAAUGUGGAACGGAUUACAAAUGUACAAAUUUUGAUUUUAUUUUGUAUCUUAAUUGCCAUGUCUCUUGUCUGUUCUGUGGGCUCAGCCAUUUGGAAUCGAAGGCAUUCUGGGAAAGACUGGUAUCUCAAUCUAAACUAUGGUGGUGCUAAUAAUUUUGGACUGAAUUUCUUGACCUUCAUUAUACUUUUCAACAAUCUCAUUCCUAUCAGCUUGUUGGUUACAUUAGAAGUGGUAAAAUUUACCCAGGCAUACUUCAUAAAUUGGGAUAUCGACAUGCACUAUGAACCCACAGAUACUGCCGCCAUGGCUCGAACGUCCAAUCUGAAUGAAGAACUUGGCCAGGUUAAAUACAUAUUUUCUGACAAAACUGGUACUCUGACAUGUAAUGUAAUGCAGUUUAAGAAGUGCACCAUAGCAGGAGUUGCUUAUGGCCAUGUCCCCGAGCCUGAGGAUUAUGGCUGCUCUCCUGAUGAAUGGCAGAGCUCACAGUUUGGAGAUGAAAGAACAUUUAGUGAUUCAUCAUUGCUGGAAAAUCUCCAAAAUAAUCAUCCAACAGCACCUAUCAUAUGUGAAUUUCUUACAAUGAUGGCAGUCUGUCACACAGCAGUACCAGAGCGAGAAGGCGAUAAGAUUAUUUAUCAAGCAGCAUCUCCAGAUGAGGGAGCAUUGGUCAGAGCAGCCAAGCAAUUGAAUUUUGUUUUCACUGGAAGAACACCUGAUUCGGUGAUUAUAGAUUCACUGGGGCAGGAAGAAAGAUAUGAAUUGCUCAAUGUCCUGGAGUUCACCAGCGCUAGAAAAAGAAUGUCAGUGAUUGUUCGCACCCCAUCCGGGAAGUUACGACUUUACUGCAAAGGAGCUGAUACUGUGAUUUAUGAUCGACUGGCAGAGACUUCAAAAUACAAAGAAAUUACCCUUAAACAUUUAGAGCAGUUUGCUACAGAAGGGUUAAGAACUUUAUGUUUUGCCGUGGCUGAGAUUUCCGAGAAUGACUUUCAGGAGUGGCGUGCAGUCUAUCAGCGAGCAUCUACAUCUGUGCAGAACAGGCUGCUCAAACUCGAAGAGAGUUAUGAGUUAAUUGAGAAGAAUCUUCAGUUGCUUGGAGCUACAGCCAUUGAGGAUAAAUUACAAGACCAAGUGCCCGAAACCAUAGAAAUGCUAAUGAAAGCAGACAUCAAAAUCUGGAUCCUUACAGGGGACAAGCAAGAAACUGCCAUUAACAUUGGCCACUCCUGCAAACUUUUGAAGAAGAACAUGGGAAUGAUUGUUAUCAAUGAAGACUCCCUUGAUGGAACAAGGGAGACUCUCAGUCGGCACUGCACUACCCUUGGUGAUGCUCUUCGGAAAGAGAAUGAUUUUGCUCUUAUAAUUGAUGGGAAAACUCUCAAGUAUGCCUUAACCUUUGGAGUACGACAGUAUUUCCUGGACUUAGCUUUGUCAUGCAAAGCUGUCAUUUGCUGCAGAGUUUCUCCUCUUCAAAAAUCUGAAGUCGUGGAGAUGGUUAAGAAACAAGUCAAAGUCAUAACACUUGCAAUCGGUGAUGGGGCAAACGACGUCAGCAUGAUACAGACGGCACAUGUUGGUGUCGGCAUAAGUGGCAAUGAAGGACUGCAGGCAGCAAAUUCUUCUGACUACUCCAUAGCUCAGUUCAAGUAUUUGAAGAAUUUAUUGAUGGUUCAUGGUGCCUGGAACUAUAACAGAGUCUCCAAGUGCAUCUUGUACUGCUUCUACAAGAAUAUAGUCCUCUAUAUUAUCGAGAUCUGGUUUGCCUUCGUUAAUGGCUUUUCUGGACAGAUCCUCUUUGAAAGAUGGUGUAUAGGUCUAUAUAAUGUGAUGUUCACAGCAAUGCCUCCCUUAACUCUUGGAAUAUUCGAGAGAUCAUGCAGGAAAGAGAAUAUGUUGAAGUACCCUGAAUUAUACAAAACGUCUCAGAACGCCCUGGACUUCAACACCAAGGUUUUCUGGGUUCAUUGUUUAAAUGGCCUCUUCCACUCAGUUAUUCUGUUUUGGUUUCCACUAAAAGCCCUUCAGUAUGGUACUGUAUUUGGAAAUGGAAAAACUUCUGAUUAUCUGCUUCUGGGAAACUUUGUUUACACUUUUGUGGUGAUAACUGUGUGUUUGAAAGCUGGAUUAGAGACAUCAUAUUGGACAUGGUUCAGUCACAUAGCGAUAUGGGGGAGCAUUGCACUCUGGGUGGUGUUUUUUGGAAUCUACUCAUCUCUGUGGCCUGCUAUUCCGAUGGCCCCUGAUAUGUCAGGAGAGGCAGCCAUGUUGUUUAGUUCUGGAGUCUUUUGGACGGGCUUAUUAUUUAUCCCUGUGGCAUCUUUGCUUCUUGAUGUGGUGUACAAGGUUAUCAAGAGGACUGCUUUUAAAACAUUAGUAGAUGAAGUUCAGGAGCUGGAGGCAAAAUCUCAAGACCCAGGAGCAGUUGUGCUUGGAAAAAGCCUCACCGAGAGGGCCCAACUGCUCAAGAACGUCUUUAAGAAGAACCAUGUGAACUUGUACCGGUCUGAAUCAUUGCAACAAAACCUUCUCCACGGGUAUGCCUUCUCUCAAGAUGAAAACGGAAUCGUUUCACAGUCUGAAGUGAUUAGAGCAUAUGAUACCACGAAACAGAGGUCCGAUGAGUGGUGAUGGGGAGGGGCUGAGAGGCAGGCCCUGCUACUUCUCUAAGGAGAGCUACCAGGUUGUCACUGCAGUCUGCUGACCAAUUCCAGUCUGGUCCAUGGAGAGGAAAGUGGAUCUGAGCUCAUCUUGCUGAUGGACAUUCAGAUUCAUGUAUAUUAUAGACAUAAGCACUGUGCAACUCUACUGUAACACCAUCUCUCUCAGAUCUUUUUCAGUAUCUGCUAAGUCUCUGUAAAGAGAAAUUGAAAAUGCCCUUGGAUCUUGCCAGAGUACUUUCUUAAACUGAGAAUAGGUCAGUGUUCUUAAGCCGUUACUCUGGGGCUGUACCUGACUAUCAAUUUAUUGGCUAUACCACAAGGUGACCAACCAUUUAUAAGCUCUAAAACAGUAUUGAGUUAAAGGGACUCUUGAUAUCCAUAUGUAGAUUUCAGGAUAUGCUGAAACAAACCAGCAUUCUUAAGGAACUGACUCACCUUACUAAGAAAAAUUUCUAAACAAGUGUUUGUGUUUGUCCUGAUAAAUGUUUGCCAAAGAAGUUCAGUAAGUGUAUUUCUCAUUCAGUAGUCAUUUGCCCAGAAAUUUAAGAGAAAGUUUACUUCUGGUUCUGCUGUAAGAUCUGCAUGCUUGACUUUUCAAAUGUAAGAGUGAUUUGCAAAAAUGAAUAUAUCAAGGCAUUUGCUACUAAAAUCUGUGAUGUUGCGCACCUUUGGCCUUACAAAUGCUUCUUCAUUGUCUUGUUUAUUUGUUAAAAUUAGAGGGCACAUGUGUUAAUGUGACUUGUUAUGAUACUGAUUUUUUAAAUUGUAUUUAUGUCUCAGUCAUUUCUGAUAAAGUUUCAUCAUUAUUUGGAUUUUUCUAAAAAUCUGGCUUCUGCUAUAGAUGGAGUGAUGUCAUUUUGUCUUAAAGUUUUCCUCUGAAGAAAAAUACACUUACAUAUUUAUGUGGGAUUUCCAAAGCUUCUGUCAAGAUGUUUGGAAUAACAUGUCAGCUAAAUGCAUGGGCUUUUGUAAUGUACAUCAGCUCCGCUUUUGUAAUGUGUCUUGAUUCUCACUGUUUGUUCCCACUAGAGAUGGCUGUGUUAUGUGUUAUGCACACCCAGUGUUAUGGCGACUGUCCCUUACCUACAACUGAAAAUUACUUUACAGUUCACUUGUCAAACAGUUCCCAAAAUUAGUCACGUGCUGUUUAUUGGAACAAAUAAGUCAUACAUUUUUCCCAUUUUAAAAAUACCUAUUGUACUUAAGCCUGUAUCUUUAGAGUCAUAGGACACUUUUCAUUAUGAGUAAGUUUCAUUACUACAUUUUAAAAUUUAUGUUCAGUUUAAUUAUUUUCGGCAUUUUCCAGACAUCUCCUGAAAAUGCCUAUUUUGCUAAAUGGUGAAGGGACUGUUUAAAAACCACAGUUUUCUAUACUAUUUUUAAAAUAAUGGUUUCAUUUAAAAAGAAGAAAAGGAAUUAUAGUUUUCAGAUACACUUCAGAGAUCGGAGCAAACUAUUUGCCUUUUAUUCAAAAGCCCGUUUGCCUUUAAGUGGAUUUACCAGCAAAAUAGGUAGAAUUUCCUCUUUUAAAAAAAAAAGUUAACUAGGAUUGAGAAGAGAGGUGAUUUUUCAAAUUGUCCCUUGAAAUUAAAAACUUCACAUUCUGUUUCACCCUUCUUCUCAGCCUAGAUUUAAAAUUAGAAUAUAUAUCAUUUUCUUCUCUGUGUCAGUAGCUAUUUAGUUAUCAGGAUGCCUCCAUGUUUUCUACAAAUAAGAGGUUGUAACAUGUAUACAGAAUUCCAACCUAAAGAGAACCAGGAGUUUUCAUCACUUCUCAGACCCUUCUUGUUUGGAGUUCAGAUGAAGAGAACCAUGAAUCAAAACAUCUAGCAAGACCACAGCUUUAACAGUCUAAGAUCAUCUUUAGUAUUCUGAAGUCACAGCUCUAACUGUCUACCGAAUGGGUUUUCAGAGAGGCUUUUCCUGGCCUCUGAGCAGGGAUAGCUGAGGUCAAACCACAGAAAACAAGAAAGCAAGAGUGGAGGGCCGCCCUCCAGAGAACACUUUCAACCAGUUACAGAGAAGAGCUGACUCCAUUUGCCUUCCUUCAUCGGUGGCAUCUUUUUCCAAAAUAUUAGCAUCAAAACAUUAUGACUAUAAUAGAACUGAAUUUUCUGACUUUGACAAGAAAACUAAAAGUUUUAUUUUUAUCUUGAAAUAUGCAUUGUUUCUGUGGAGCUCUUCAUCAUGAGAAGAAUACUCAUGGCUAAUAAUUUAAUGUUCUAACAUCAUGAUCUGAAAUGUGAUUAAUUGAUGCCUUUUUGUCCCAUAGUCCUAUUUUUGAAUUAUUGACAUUAAGUCAAUGUCUUUGCUUUUUGAGUGGGGGCACGGGGGAGGGGGGCGGGCAGAGAGUGACCUCCUUGGUAAAACUAAAAAUGUAACAUUGCAGCAACUUUACAGUGUUAAAUUAGAGAAAACGCUCUGAUGUUUUUACCUUCCUUAAUUGGAAAAAAGUCGCAUGGUUUUACCAGGAUUGAAAUAAACAGUCAAAGUGACUUUUAACGGGUAUUUUCUGGACUAAAGGACAUGCACUCUUAAGUCCCUUAUAGGGUCUCUGGCAAAUGCUAAAACGGUUGCUUUACAAUGUUUACAAUUCAGAAAAUACUACUUAUAGUAGAAAAUCCUCAUUCAUUGAGCAUUGAAAAGGCGGGAGUUCUUCUUUAAUGUUGAAUAGUACACAGUGAUAUUGAGCACGGACUUUCUAAAUGUUUUAUAUAUACAUAUAAAAAUAUAUUGGUGUCUCACACCCAGAAAGAUGCUACACUGUAGAAAUUAUUAGCGGGAAAACAGUGUUUCUCAGGAACAUAGUAAAUUUUAAAUGAUAUGUGUGCUUCCCGUCCUCCCACCCCCACUCUGCUCUGUGAGACUGCUUCAGCAGUGCUGCUAACUUAAUGGAAAACUUUUUCUAAUCAAAUCAGGUGAGUGUGUAUUCUGCUAAAUAAUGUUGUUAGCCAUUUACAUGAAUUGUAUGGUCAUUAAAUGGAAUCAAUGAUGUCUCUCUUAAUUUCCAGGGGGGAAAUGAAUUCUAGAACUCAAUCGGCAUUUAUUCUGAUCAUUAAAUUUUGUAUUUUGAUUUUGCAAUUUGGCAUUCUAAAUACCCAAUAUGAAAGUCACAUGGUAUACGUUCUACACUGUGUGCACUAUACAACACUUAUAACCUGUCAUUCUAAAUGUUCUUUUAGGAAAUGACUGUGAGACAGAAAGUAAUAAGUUGUAUAUUCACAGUUUUUAAAUUAUUUGUAACAAUGCCAUAAUUAUUACAAAGCUAAACAACCAUUAGUGUUUAUUUUCACGCAGUUGCCCUUUGAUAGUUCCUGGUUUUAAAACAUAUUUCAUUAAAUCUGUAAUCUUAUAAUCAUCUACAAAAUUUAUCGAGAAAAUGCCCAGCCCAUUCCCAUCACAGAGACCAGGUCUAUGGAAUUCUUUUUGUAAAUUACCGAAGGUAACACCAUGCAGUUCAGUGCCUAAUAAAUGCUUUUUAAUGAUGAACAUUUCUAUAAUGCCUCUUAAAGAUUACCAUAGUCUGAUUUUUCUCACAUUAAAAUAACUGAAGUCACUUGUGAAACCUAGUUAUACUUUGCAGCAUUUUAAUUAACCUUCAACAGCUAUUAAAAUGGAAUGUAAGUUAAAUUUUGGAGGAAAGGAAAUAAAUGUUUUCCAUUUUUUAAAUCCUGAUUUAUUUUUUGUAUGAGAGCAGCUGUGUUUUUGAUAGUUUUAUGGUUUGCAUGAAUUAAUAUUUAAAGUGCUCCAGACCAAUGCAUGGCUAUUGCUGUAAAUCUUGAUGUUUAUUUCUGCCUUAUAAAAUUCUAGCAUGGCAUACCUGGAAUUUAAUAUUCAGUGAUCCUCUACUGAAUGAAUUAAUUGGUCCUCCAUACAACUUUUCUAAAUCUGUAGAUUAUUUUACAAAUUCAGACAAAUUUAAUUGAAUCUUUUGUUGAGCUUACCUCUAAGAACUUUUCUUAAUAAAGCUCACAAAACUUCUCAGCAAAUAAAUCUCCCUUAAGUAGGAAAAAAGCUAGAUUUCAUAUUUACUUACUUUGAAUUAAUGGCAACUUUCCAUAGGUAAAUCUCUUGAAAAGAUGUGAGCAGAAUAUUAAAAGAUAUAUAUUUUUAUGUUCUAGUCUAGAAUAGAAGCCAUAAAUGUAGUAAAUACUGCUUGUUGUUUGUUUAACUACUUCAAGCUUCAUUUUUCACAUUUUCAAGUUUAUUAAGUCUAAAAAAAAUUUUUUUUAAAAAAGCAGCCUUAGAAGGCAACCACUAUGGAAAUCUGCAGUUUGCAUUAAAGAUAAAGUAGUAUUUUCAGCUCCAUGAAAAACCAUUUCUGCUGAAACUGCUGUAGAAAUUGUGAAGCUGCAUGAGUGGAGAGUAUUGCAUCUGUGAUUAUAGUAGUUUUCUCAGGUUGUUUAUCUUGAUGUUCAAUGCACUGUGUUUUAUAAAUAGUUAUUAAACUUGAAUAAUAUUUCUA